GUCGCCCCGGAAGAGCACCUGGUGAGCGCCGUGGGCAUGAGCCGCUACGGCCCAGACGCCGCCAGCUCCCCCUGCAGCCACAGGGGCUCCUUGCCGCCCUCCUCCUUGCUCUACUGCAAGAAGCAGAACUCCGGAGACGGCCACCUCGCGGGAGGCCCUGCCACCCCUGCCAGUGGGCCCCACACCAGCCCUGUGCCCUCGGGAGGCCCCUCGGCACCUGCAUGGAGGCCCCCAGCCUCCAGCCUCAGGAGAAACGGGACGUUCAUGGAAGGAAACAGAUGUGCCCGGAGCCCCUCUCCAGACGGACAGGACACCAGGCAGCCACGGAGCAGGAACCCGUCCACCUGGACCGUGGAGGACGUGGUCUGGUUUGUGAAAGAUGCUGACCCACAGGCUCUGGGGCCGCACGUGGAGCUCUUCAGGAAGCAUGAGAUUGACGGCAAUGCUCUCCUGCUUCUGAGGAGUGACAUGAUCAUGAAGUACCUGGGCCUGAAGCUGGGGCCCGCCCUGAAACUCUGCUACCACAUCGACAGGCUGAAGCAAGCCAAGUUCUGAAGACAG